GUUAGUUUACGUGCACGUCAGUCACGUUUGCGAUCUAUCCGUGCUUGGUAGAAUCGAUUUCACUAAACAAAAGUGAUUUACGUAGAAAAGGUUCUUAUUCCUUUACGGAGCAGAAACAUAGUGUUUCUUAUCAAGUCAUAGUCGAGAUCUUUAUUAAAUUAUGCUCUAUUAUUUCUUUUGAAUUUUAUUAAUAAAUUAGAAUUAUAUUAAUCGCCAAUGGGAACCCAUCAUUCGAAGGAUAUGCGUAGUGGAGUGCGAGGUUGCAAACUGAUCCAAAGCAAUAGUCAGUUAGCCUGCGACAGUAAAUCUUCGACGAUGUCAAGUCUUCAAAGGGAUCAACUUGGGCAACGUGGACAUGGAGAUGUCGUGUGUUCAAGUUUGCUCCGCGGUCUCGAUCAUCUAAAGAAUCCCCAGUUGAAUAAGGGAAUGGCCUUCACUAUUCAAGAGAGGCAAACAUUGGGUAUUCAUGGUCUUCUGCCAGCAGCUGUGAAAACUCAGGAAGAACAACUAGAACUCUGUCGUUUGAAUUUGGAUCGUUAUGAUGAUGAUUUAUCGAAGUAUAUAUAUCUCAUAGGCCUACUGGAUAGAAAUGAGAAACUUUUUUACCGUCUGUUGGGAGACAAUGUGGAGAAAAUGAUGCCUCUGGUAUAUACACCUACAGUGGGCUUAGCAUGUCAGAAAUUUGGUCUAAUUUACCGAAGACCACGUGGCCUAUUCAUAACUAUACAUGACAAAGGUUACGUCUAUGACAUUUUAAAUAAUUGGCCUGAACACGACGUACGAGCCAUCGUUGUUACCGAUGGUGAAAGAAUAUUAGGAUUGGGUGACUUGGGUGCUUAUGGAAUGGGAAUACCAGUUGGAAAAUUAUCUUUAUAUACUGCUUUAGCUGGAAUUAAACCCCAUCAGUGUUUACCAAUUACUUUAGACGUUGGUACAAACACUCAGUCUCUGUUAGAUGAUCCUCUCUACAUUGGUCACAAGCAUAAGCGUGUCACUGGUCAAGAAUAUGACGAAUUCCUAGACGAAUUCAUGCAAGCUGUUGUUAAAAGAUACGGACAAAACACUUUGAUCCAAUUUGAAGAUUUUGGAAAUGCCAAUGCGUUCAGAUUGCUUAAUAAAUACCGCGAUCACUAUUGCACCUUCAACGAUGAUAUUCAGGGUACUGCUUCGGUUGCAGUUGCCGGUUUGUUAGCAUCUCUUCGUGUCACAAAUACGAAACUAUCAGAAAAUAGAAUUGUGUUCCAAGGUGCUGGAGAGGCAUCAUUAGGUAUUGCAUGGUUGUGCGUCAUGGCCAUGCAGAAGGAAGGUGUCAGUGAAGAAGAAGCCAAGAGUAAAAUUUGGAUGGUCGACUCGAAAGGAUUGAUAGUUAAAAAUCGUCCAAGCGGUGGACUGACGGAACAUAAGCUGCACUUUGCUCGAGAUGACAAGCCAAUAGAUACAUUAUUGGACGUCGUGAAAACUGCAAAACCUACAGUACUCAUUGGUGCAGCAGCAGUUGGCGGAGCUUUUACCCGUGAAAUAUUGGAAGAAAUGGGCAAUAAUAACGAAAAGCCUGUAAUAUUUGCUCUCAGUAAUCCUACGAGUAAAGCAGAAUGUACUGCUGAGCAAGCGUACACUGCUACAAAGGGAAAAUGUAUAUUCGCUAGUGGAUCACCGUUUCCACCAGUAACGUACAACGGUAAAACUUACUAUCCGGGCCAGGGAAAUAACAGUUACAUCUUUCCCGGUGUUGCGUUGGGUGUGAUAUGCUGUGGCAUGCGUACCAUUCCUGAAGAUACAUUCCUCAUUGCUGCUAAAUCAUUAGCCGAUAUGGUUUCCGAUGAAGACUUAGAUAAAGGAAAUCUAUAUCCACCAUUGCAGGAUAUUCAAAAAUGUUCAUUAACGAUAGCCACCGAAGUUAUGAAGUAUGGUUAUGAAAUCGGUAUUGCAUCGGUCCAUCCUCAGCCCAAAGACUAUGAAAAAUUCAUUAAGGCACAAUUAUACAAUACAACUUAUAAACCAUCAGUACCUCCAGUAUAUGUCUGGCCUAAAUUGUAAUUUUGACUGUCAUCGUUUUAUAUACGAGGCUUUGAUAAAAUUUUUGAGUAGAUCGAUUAUACAAAUGUGUGUAACAUUUGUUUAAUGGUUUCUUUUAUUUUUUUUUAUUUGGCAUGGUAUUGUAAGAGUCUGUUGAACAGGUUCAUAUAUAAUAGAUGUUAUGUCUUUCGUGCGUAUGUGUAUGAGUAACAUGUAUGAAUGUGUAUUGUAAAAAGUAUCCUAUUUUAAACAGAGAACGAUUUAUUAUGUCAUACUAUUGUAUAAGUGUAUCGUGAUGUAUUCGACCAUCUUAAAUUAUUGGGAUGAAAAAUUUGAUUUAUUGGUUGGAAAAAUAAAUUUCAAAUGAUUAUUUGAAAGAAAUGUGUUUUUAUUGCUACUCGAAACAGCAUUUUUUCGCAGUGCUCAGACAUAUUUCUUUUUUUUUUUGUACGAGCAGCAGGAUGUUGUAAAACUUCCGUCAUGUCGUAUGUAUAAGAACUAAAAGAGGCAAACAAGACGUACAUGAGUGGUAAGAGCUUCGUAAUUUUUAAGAAUUCAUUCCUCUAUUAAACAAAAUAAAAGCAGAGGCAUUCUUAUGUACGUAAGCUCGCGUUUCUUUUUUUAAAGAUAUACGAUGCACGCGUAGAACUCUCAGUAUUGGGUGUUUUUAGAAAACAAUCGAUUCGCCUGAGCUUUCUAAUCGUUUUCAUAAGGAUUGACAUAACUUAAAAUACACAUGAUUGUCUGCAACAUUAUAAGACAAUGUAAUAAAAUUUAGAUAUACACUGACAGAAAAAGAAAGAAAAAAAUGGAACAACUUCGUUAGCUUUAUUCGAAAGUACCGAAAAAAUUAACAUUUUCUGAAGUAAAUCGUAUGUUAUAUCCUUAUGGUCUCUGAAAACAUUAACAUGUGUAUUUUACGACAAUGAAUUGGCGUUCACUGAAUUUAUCUCUCACUCACUCCCUUCCUUUCUCGCUUUCACUUUCUCUUCUUUGUUAAUCUUAAUUAAUGUCAACACGUACGCAUAUAUUUACUUGUCCCUUAACGUUAAAUCUGAUUCUUACUACUAAACACGCCAUGGUCAUCAAUCUAUAACAAACAGAGUAUAAACUGCGACCCUUUACUCCAAACUUUGUUGCAUAACAUUGUAAUAAAAUUAAAGGAUAAAAUGUACAGAAGAGCGUUUAGAAAAUGUUUACAGUGGUGGGACGCUGUUACGCUACACUGAGCAGACACACUGGUUCUUUUACGAACCAGUAA